UUUCUCGUAUAGGUCCACCAACCGUUCCUGAGCUCACUGUUAGAAAUCGUCAAGUUAAAUCAGGCUUGUCAAAUGCCACAUUAAGAUGUCAUGCAAACGGCCUGGAUUAUAGAAAGUUGCUUUUCUACCACUGGCAGUGGAGAUUUCAGGGCCAUACAAUACGAAAAAAUGAUAAGUACAGCAUGUCUGAUGACAUUCGUCCCCCCAACUCUUGCCACCAUUCGAAAGGCUCUACAAUCCUUCGUAUUACAAACACUUCUAAAGAAAAUUUGGGUCAAUACGUUUGUGAAUUGCUGCUGGCUAAUAUCUCGGUCGCAAUAAAGGACAUUUUAUUGGUGGAUUUCACAACGCUAUCACCUCCGAAAAUUCAGAAAUGGGAAUCAACCGAUUGUGGAAGUGCCAUAAGAGUGGAGUGGAGCGCCCCAGCAACAGAGCUUAAAACCAAUGUAAUCUUUGGUUAUGAAGUUACAUUGAGAUCCACAGAUGAAAGAUCGAGGUGGAAGGCUAAUGUCUCAAGGGAAAUAUUCUCACACAAAUUCGUCGGACUUCAGAUGAACACAGACUAUGAAUUCAAUAUCCGAGCUAAAUAUUCCAAUAGCUCAUCAUCAGUUAGUCCUUGGAAAAAAUUAUCGUUGAAAACUACCUCAGAUAUUCCAGAUGCAUUUGAUAUAGAGGCAGUUCCCUAUGGAUGCAGUGCUAAACUCUCGUGGAAUGCUCCCUCUGCCAAUGGCUGCCCAAUAUCACGAAUAGGAAAAUGUAGAUCUACUGAUAGUAUUUUCUUGAUUGCGUUUACAGGGGUGCCUUUCAUACCAUCAAUUAAAAUACCUAAACAGAAGCAAUGUGGUAUAAUGGAGGUUUCUUGGGAGGCAUCGUCGUCUGAAUCCGGUGGAGGUUCAGUGACGGAGUUCCAGGUCCAGAUAGAACAAGGUGAUGAUUGGCGCAACUGUAGUCGGUUCCUUCCAAAUAAUACAUGUUCCUUCCAUGGUUUCCUCAUUGACGAGAGUGGCCCUCACAGGAUAGUUCGCGUUAGAGCUUUCAACCGGAAGGGUUUCAGUGAUUGGACGAACACUUCAGUCUCAUUAAGCCCCGCAGGUAAGUGA